CAGUUCGGGGAUAGGAAUGUAGUCGUGCUGACCACUGAACAUUCCGCGGAAGGGUCGUUUUCAACAUCUGCGAAAGUAGCAGUUCCAUGCUUUGCUGAUAUUGAACUAGAAAAACUUAUAUAAUUAGCCAGCUUUUAUAAAAUUUUAAUGUACAUUUUAAAAAAAUAUUUUAAUUUAUGUAAAUGAUGAGUGUGAUAACCUCGAGUUUAUAUCCUAGCAAAACGGUGGACGGUGUUGUGAAGCAGCGACUAGGAAAUGUUCCAACGCUACAAGAACUCAUCAAACAACUGUUGUUUUGAGAUGAAACUCCCACGUCACACAUGUCUUCUGAAGAAUACCAGGUAACAUCAGAGAUACAUGAAAAGAGUGAUGUUGAUACAUCUGCAAAGCCACAUGUUUCUCCAAAAAAUAUUAUCACAAAUUUUGUUUUCAAAGUCCCACCAUUUUUGUCUUGGAUUACCGGUAAUUUAAAUGGUCUUCGGGUGGAUGAAGAUGGUGAUCUUCUUGUGCGAAGGAGAAAUAUGCCAGCCCAAGAUGCUGUAAUUGCAAUAGAACAAAGCCACUCUACCACUCUACAAUUUGUUGGUCUUCAAGUGUGGCGUGGUGCCUUGGUAUUGGCAGAUUUUAUGUUACAUAAUGGCUUAUCAUUGAUUAAAGAUCAAACUGUCUUGGAGCUUGGAUCUGGAACAGGACUUUCAAGCAUUGUGGCAGCAAUGUUUGCUGAGGAAGUGAUUUGCACAGAUGUUGACAUCGGCACAAUUCUGGAACUCAUUAAAGCUAACUUUGCACGGAACAAUAAGUAUAUUAAAGCCAAAUACUCUGUGCUUGGUCUUGAUUUCUAUGCACGCCAGUGGUCUAACAACCUUGAAGCUAAACUAACUGUCGUCUCUGUAGUUAUUGUUGCAGAUGAUAUGUCUUCACAGUAGCUGAUUUGGAUUGUGUUGCUCCCUGCUAUGACUUCUUUAUUGGAUGCCUUGACAAAGCACAAGCUAAAUCCAAUCCACGAUGGAAAGUGGAUUUACUACCUAUAGAUUUCCCACAAUUCUUUAAAUAUGAACGAAUGAAGGAGUUAGUUCUCAUGAGGAUUUCUUUGUAAAUACAUCAGGUAAGAAAUGUCUGUUCAGUAUACGAAAAAAACAACAUAUUUUGAGGCAAGUGUUUGCAUUAAUUUUAAUAGAAAAGGGGGCUCAGAAAUGUUCUUGCCCCCUCUCGUUAGGCUUCGCAUGAACGUACCAUAUUGUGUCCAUCUGUGCGGAACGCGCCUCUGCAAAAUAGCGUAGGACGGUGUUAUUCGUAUUGUGCUGAACCCACUGUUUUCGCCAGAAAUAACUGACCAUGUAUAUAAAACAUCUUCUGAAAGUAUCUAAAUAUGUGUUAAUUAGCCGCCGCAAGGAAUAAGUACAAACUUCGUUCUUGGCAGUAAGCGUCGCCCCUCGUGCGUUGUGGCGAGGAUGCCAGCCGAUUGUGGACGUUCCUCCUCUACGCUACUCGUCAAGCAGGAGGUUCUGUCAUCAUGAGGAGUCGUAGGCCGUCGUUGCAGAGCUCUCGACGUUGCUCCGAGUGCAAAGGGCGAUUCGGUGCGCGCGAUUAACGUGAUUCGUGACAACUUCGUUGGUAGUGAUUACAAAGAGGCCGCGCGCGCAGAGCUGCAGGUCGUCAGAUGGCGCCCUGCUCUUUACUUCUGGUGCUCGUGAUCGCCAAUGCAAUCAUGAUGCGUAGUUCAGCUUUCUCUAUUAUUUUGGAACUUUGCAGUGCACGUUAUCAUGCAAUGAAGCAUCGAAAUAAUAUAAGUUAAGAAUUAAAUGACAUUAAGAAGCAAAAUUGUGAUUAAUACACUCAUCAAAAUUUCCAUUCACAAUGAGAAUGAAGAGUAAUCUUUCAGAAUGUCGUAUUUUCAUGAAACAUAUUUUUAGAAACGCCAAGAAUCCACAUUCCGUAUUGUUUGGGAUAGAAAUCAAUGGUUUCGGAUGCCCUGUAGCUUAGGAGAAACGCCAUUUUUUAACACAUUCGGCAGCAAAAUUAAAACACAUCUCAAGAAUAUAUUGAUAUGUAGAACUAGAAAAAAAACGGAAAUAUAAAUUCGACACUUUGGAGAAAGUCCUAUUCUGUUGCAGAAAGUGGACUCUUUUUUAAUUCAAAUUUUAAUGGUUGGGUAUAAAAUAUUUGAUAAAAAAAUUAUAUUCUUGGAAAAUUACCCCUUUAAAUGUCAGAAAAAUCUAUAAUUGUAAUUUCUUAAAAGUUAUGAUACUAUAUCAUCUCAAUUAUUAAGGAGUAAUUCAAAUAUUAUUUUGAAUUUGGUUCAAAGAAAAAUUAUAAGGCAAGAAAAUGCCAAUGUAAUUUACUACAGUUUAUUGUUUGUAUAGAAUAAUGGUAUACAUAUUACAAAAUAAUGAAUAUUUUGUUCAUUGUUUGUUUUGUACUUGUGAUUUUUUUAAAAUGAUGUAUGAAAUCAAAAUCCAUGAGCUGAAAAACAACAUAUUUCUUCCCAUUUUGUGUGUGUAUUUAUUUAAUAUGAAGAUUUUUUUUUUGUGCGUUGUUAGAGCUUUAAAACAAUUCUUCAGAGUUCAAAGAAUCAGUUGUUCUUGCCACAAAUCAACUCAGGGUGUGGUAAUACAGAUGUAUGUAGUUAUUGCUGUUGAUAAGUGUAAUAAGAGAAUUAUUGCACUGCACACAAAGUAUCUUUGCCAUUUCUCCAAAACUCUCAAAAUCAUCAUAAAGAGUAUAAUUAAUAUCCUUUCACAUAUAAAGUAUUUGUAAGAAAACUAUAUUUAUUUAAAGUAAUUAAUAAAAUAAAAUUAUGAGAAAAUAGUUCUUUUUGAACUUUACUUAAAUAUAAAAUUGUUAUCCCAGGGAUCCAAAAAUGUGAUUGGCUCCCCUUUAGUUUUGGGUUGUGCUUGCCAGUGGUAAGGAUUGUUUUUAAUAUUCUGUUUUUGAUUAUGGCUAGCUGGUCUAGCUUGUUUUAUAAAAUAAUUAUUAUAAAUAUUGUUUGUGGGUUAAAUAAAUGUUAUGAAAUAAUUAGAACAUAAUUAUUAUUAUUUCUUGCAUGUAGC